UUGAUGAUCCAGAUGGAUUUCCAGAGGUUCCAUAGCUAUUGUUGCUCUCAUCUUCAUUCCUGUUUCUGGUGUUACUUUUGCUGCUAGUUCCAUUAUCACUUUUUGCGUCAACUGUUGGACCUAAAGCAGUGACCGGUUUCUCAUCAGUUCCUGACUUGCCAGGUUCAUCAUCAGAUGCAACCUGAUUACCUGUUUUCUCUAUCUUCACCCCCAAUAAAAAUCUUCUGGCAUAAGCUUGACAAUGCAACAAUAACCGUCCCAGGAAAAACAGAAUCAGAAGUAUCCUCUUCAUGAUCAACCUAUCUUGUCUGAUCAAUAAUAAGAUCAAAUGAUUACUAAUAAAGGGGAAUCACAUUUACGAGCUGCAAUAGCAGAUCCUGGCGUUAUGAGCUUAUCAUCUUGGUGUGGUGAGCUAUAUAGUUAGGUGCUGAUAGUUCAUGCCAUAAAAGGACAGGAACCAUGGGAGAUGGUAAUAAUACCUCGGGCAGAGGCAUUGCAGCCAACAGUACUACCUCGUCUAGCAACAGUGAGAAGCCAGAAUGGCUGCAGCAGUACAAUCUGCUUGGCAAGAUUGGUGAAGGUACUUAUGGUCUUGUGUUCCUUGCAAGAAUCAAGUCUCAAACAAAUCGAGGAAAGUGCAUUGCCAUAAAGAAGUUCAAACAGUCCAAGGAUGGGGAUGGUGUAUCACCCACUGCCAUUCGUGAAAUCAUGUUGCUUCGGGAGAUUACACACGAGAAUGUUGUGAAGCUUGUGAAUGUGCACAUUAAUCACGCAGAUAUGUCGUUAUAUCUGGCUUUUGAUUAUGCUGAAUAUGACCUCUAUGAAAUCAUUAGGCACCACCGGGAUAAGGUUAACCAUGCCAUCAACCAGUACACUGUUAAAUCAUUGCUCUGGCAGCUGCUUAAUGGACUGAACUAUCUCCACAGCAACUGGAUCAUACAUAGAGAUCUAAAGCCAUCAAAUAUAUUGGUUAUGGGUGAUGGUGAUGAACAAGGAGUUGUCAAAAUUGCUGAUUUUGGACUUGCAAGGAUUUAUCAAGCUCCCUUGAGGCCAUUAUCUGAAAAUGGUGUGGUUGUAACUAUUUGGUAUCGUGCACCUGAGUUGCUUCUUGGUGCGAAGCACUAUACUAGCGCGGUUGAUAUGUGGGCUGUUGGAUGCAUUUUUGCUGAGCUUUUGACUUUGAAGCCACUUUUUCAAGGAGCAGAAGCCAAAUCCACGCCAAAUCCUUUUCAACUUGAUCAGCUGGACAAGAUAUUUAAGAUUUUAGGCCAUCCCACCCUAGAAAAGUGGCCCACGCUUGGAAAUCUUCCACAUUGGCAAUCAGAUUUGCAGCACAUUCAAGGACACAAGUAUGAUAAUGCUGGACUUCAUAGUGUUGUCCAUCUCUCUCCCAGAAGUCCUGCAUUUGACCUCUUAUCUAAAAUGCUUGAAUAUGAUCCUCGAAACCGUAUAACAGCAGCUCAGGCCUUAGAGCAUGAGUACUUUAGGAUUGACCCCCUACCAGGUCGCAAUGCACUGGUACCCAGCCAACCUGGAGAGAAAAUAGUCAAUUAUCCUACUCGUCCAGUAGACCAGAACACUGAUUUUGAAGGGACAACUAGCAUUCAACAAUCACAACCCGUGUCAUCUGGAAAUGCAGUUGCUGGCAACAUGGGAGGUGCUCAUGCAGGGAGAAACGGAUCUGUCAAUCGGCCUAUGCCAGCUCCCAUGCAAAGAAUGCCUCAGGGCAUGAUGGCUUAUAAUUUCCCAGCUCAGGCUGGAGUUGCUGGUGGAAUGAAUCCAGGAGGCAUCCCAAUGCCGCGGAAUAUUGCUACCCAAGCCCAUCAGCAGCAACAGUUGAGAAGGAAGGAUCCAGGAAUGAACAUGCCUGGAUACCCUCCACAGCAAAAAUCAAGACGCAUGUAAGAACUGAACAUCUAAUAUGUUGAUCAUCGAAAUUUAAUUGAGCAAGAUGUUGUAUUCUUUCAAUUCCAGUAUAAGAUUAAACUUAUUUUAUGGAAUUUACAACCCAUUGACCUACGAGAUCUAUGACUUAUCAGUGUGAGCUCUUUGCCUGUAAAUACUGACCAUGUUUCAAAUUUGAAGUCAUGACCUGCAGGACUGUGAGCUCCCUCAAGUGCGAAAUGUCUCUUCUAAAUAUCAGUGUUGGAUAACCUGGCUGUUCUUGUUUGAUGAAUAUUAUCAAAGCUGCAGCUAUUUAUGUGUUGCAA